AUGUCCGCCAUCGGAACCCUCGUCUUCUGCACCGCCUGCGGUUCCCUCCUCGACGGCUCCAUCGGUGACCCCUCCAAGGAGCUCGUCUGCGAUGUCUGCGGAGCCAGGAAUAAAGAUACCGUUCCACAGACCAUCGUGUCCGAGUCCAAGCCAAGCGAUUUCCCGUCCACGCUGAGAGCGAAAAGAUCUGCGGUCCAGACCUUGACGGCAGCCGACCGGAGGACUGAGGCGCUCACCCAGCAUACCUGCGCCAAGUGCGGCCGGAAGGAGAUGUACUUCACCACGGUGCAAUUGCGCAGUGCCGAUGAAGGUAGUACGGUGUUCUACACGUGUGUCUGCGGUUACAAGGAGGCCACGAACAACUAA